GCCCCCUCCCCAUCCAAGCAGCGGCAGCAGCAAGCAGCACCAUCACCAUCCCGCCGCCGCCGCCGCGCCCCCCCACCCCCCUCUCUCCCCAGCCUUUGUUAGCCAUGCCUAGCUUGGUAGUGUCGGGGAUAAUGGAAAGGAACGGGGGCUUCGGGGAUCUGGGCUGCUUCCCGGGGAGCAGCAAGGACAGGGCGCUGCUGGAGGACGACCGGGCGCUCCAGCUGGCCCUCGACCAGCUCUGCCUGCUGGGCUUGGGGGAGCCUUCGGCCGCCGCCGCCGCCGCCGCCGCCCCCUCCUCCGCCUCGGCCUUGGGGGUCGGGGGGGCGGCGGAGGACAGCAACAACAACAACAACAACCCGCCGGCGCAGACCCCCACGCCGCAGCAGCAGCAGCAGCAAGCCCAGCAGCAGCAGCAGCAAGCGCCGCCGCCGCCGCCGCCUCCUCCGCCGCCUCCGCCGCCGGCCUCGGCCCAGCAGCAGCAGCAGCAGCAGCCCCCGGCGCAGGCGGCCCCCAAAGGGUCCUCCGCGGCGGCGGCGGCGGCCGUGAUCCCUCCUCCCCCGCCGCCCCCGCCGCCGCCGCCGGGAGCCGAGGCCGGCAAGCUGUGCGUCCUCUACAAAGAAGCCGAGCUGCGCCUCAAGAGCAGCUCCAACACCACCGAGUGCGUCCCGGUGCCCAGCUCCGAGCACGUGGCCGAGAUCGUGGGCCGGCAAGGUUGCAAAAUCAAAGCUCUGAGGGCCAAGACCAACACCUACAUCAAGACUCCAGUACGCGGUGAAGAGCCUGUGUUCAUGGUGACUGGGCGGCGGGAGGACGUCGCCAUGGCGAGGAGAGAGAUCAUCUCUGCAGCCGAGCACUUCUCCAUGAUACGGGCCUCUCGUAACAAGGCCGGCACGACUUUCGGCAGUGCCCCAACCUUGCCGGGACAAGUCACCAUCCGGGUCCGGGUCCCAUACCGUGUAGUAGGCUUGGUGGUGGGGCCCAAAGGAGCCACCAUCAAGCGGAUCCAGCAGCAGACCAACACCUACAUCAUCACACCCAGCCGAGACCGGGACCCUGUCUUUGAGAUCACAGGAGCGCCGGGCAACGUGGAGCGAGCCCGAGAGGAAAUCGAAACCCAUAUUGCAGUCCGGACGGGCAAGAUUUUAGAAUACAACAACGAAAAUGACUUCCUGUCCAGCAGUCCUGAUUCGGGCAUGGAGAAUCGUUACUCAGAGGCCUGGCGGGUCCACACUCCAGCUCCUGGCUGCAAGCCUCUCUCCACCUUCCGUCAAAACAGCCUCGGGUGCAUCGGCGACUGCUCUGUGGACCCAGCUUACGAGACUCCCCGGCUGAAUGACCAAAAUGAUUUCAAUUAUAGUUACCUCUUUCCCAACUAUGGUGUCAACAAACAAGAUCUCUACUACGGGGUUCCAGAGUCUGGUGCUCCCUUGUGGGCUGGGCAGGAAAAUACCAACCCUGUUUCUGUCCUCUUCUCUAAGCAGCAACGAUCUAGCAAUACUAGCGCCAUCCAUCCAAACUCGCAUCGUUCCCCGUCCUCUUCUAUACAAGAGCCUACUCUCUCCGGGCUUCCUAGAAGGUCUCAGGGGGAGCCCUUACAAGGGUUUUCCAAACUGGGUGCUUCCGCCACCACCCGGACAUCCAUCUCGAGCAGCCGGGAGUGCAUGGUGUGUUUCGAAAGCGAGGUAACGGCAGCCCUUGUUCCGUGUGGCCAUAAUCUCUUCUGCAUGGAGUGUGCCGUGCGGAUCUGUGAGAGAACUGACCCGGAGUGCCCGGUGUGCCACGCAACAGCCACUCAGGCCAUUAGAAUAUUUUCUUAAAAAGAGACAUUGUUAGGGAAAUUGGAGUGGGUAAAGGGAAGGGAGGGAGGGAAGAGCAGCGAGCAAGAGCGAGAGAAAAAUCCAGACAUCGGAAGAAUGAACAAACAAAUUAGAAAAAGAAAGUUAAUUUAAAGAAGAAGAAGAAGAAGAAGAAGAAAAAUUAUUUUAGGAGCAAUGUAUGUUAUUUUUUAAGAAAAAUAAUAAGAAUAAUAAUAAGAAUAAUAAAGGUGAUGAUGAUACAAUGAAGAUGGAGAAGCCAGAAAUAUUGGGAAUGGCAAUUGCUAUACAACAGCCCGUGGUGUCAUUUUGAAAACGGAGAACUCUCCACACACAUGAGCAAUUAGCAAGCAACACAGGAAGUGAUGCGGUGGAAGUAGGGCGGGGCCUGUGGCCUGCUAGCGCCAUUACUGGAGGGGGAUGUGGGCAUUUUCUCAUCUAGCAAACCCAGCCCUGAUCUUGGUCUGAUGAUGCUGGGCUUUCAACUUGCCUGGUGGGCCAAAAACUCAGAAAGUAACUUAAAGCUGUCAGGAAGGGAAACAGGAAAGAAAAAGAGAAAAACCAUCAACCUCUGGGAACCUGAUCAAACGAGGGCACAACUGUAUUACCUCAAACAUUUAAAAGAAAAAGAAGCAGCUAAAGAGCUUUAUAUUCUUUUUCCUCUAUUUUUUUCCUAAGAAAAAAAAUUAAAAUGAAUAAAUAACAUUAAAGCCAGUGAAAUGGGAGAAGAAUAAAAAAGGGUUUGGAAGAACCCCGAAGAGAAUCCUCCUGGCCACUCUUAAAUUUUAGUUUUGAGUCUUCUGAGCCACUGCAAAAGUUUUUUGAACUUUGAGUUUGCUUUUCCUAUUUGAGCAGGGAUUUGUUCAUCGAAUAAGAAAUCAGGAGUCACUAACAGGGUAUUUCAAAAAACAGAACAAAACCAAGCUACCAACGCUUCCGAAUUCCCAGUUAAGGGGAUGGAGGGGGUUGACCGCCAUGUUUCUACGUCUCACCCUUCACGCUUGCCAAGUCAUGCAGCCACUAACAUAGACACACAAAAAGAGAAAAAAAAAUUCUUCCUUUCCUUCUCUCUUUUGAUUUUAAGAACAACGACAAUUUCUCACUAAAACCUAAGAAAGAUGUUCACGCAAUACCGGCAACACGCCCACUUACAACCAACAUGCAUCCCGACGGAAAGCAAAAAAUAAA